AUGGUGAGCCGCGACCCCGCACGUCCGACCUGCAGUCACGCACGUCCGACCUGCAGCCACGCGCGUCCGUGUCCUCGGCGUGCGCCCUGGCCUGGCGUUCCGCAGCCCGGUGCUCCCAGCGCAGGGCGGGCGGGGCGCCGGGCCAGCCAACAGCACGGGGACAAGCGAGAGCCGGACGGACACUGGGCAACUCUGUGCCUCGCGGACGAAAAUCACCUAAACGUGGACAAAGGAGAUCCUAAGAAGCCGAGAGGCAAAAUGUUCUUGUAUGCAUUCUUUGUGCAAACUUGCCGGGAGGAACACAAGAAGAAGCACCCGGAUGCUUCUGUCAACUUCUCAGAGUUCUCCAAGAAGUACUCAGAAGGGUGGAAGACCUUGUCUGCUAAAGAAAAGGGGAAAUUUGAAGACAUGGCCAAGGCUGACAAGGCUCGUUAUGAAAGAGAAAUGAAAACCUACGUCCCCCCCAAAGGGGAGACCAAAAUGAAGUUCAAGGACCCCAAUGCACCCAAGAGGCCUCCUUUGGCCUUCUUUUUGUUCUGUUCUGAGUAUCGCCCCAAAAUCAGAGGAGAACACCCUGGCUUAUCCAUUGGUGAUGUUGCAAAGACCAAUAAACGAAAUUUAAAAAUACUUUUUUGGGUGGAAGGAAUUUCGCAUAUAAGCAAAUGCAAGUAUAUGGUCAAGAUGUAA